GCCGUCGUUUGACAGCUGAUGUGCAGAAAAGGUGGUGCGACUGACGCCUGCAUAGGGAGCCUAUUUCUUUUAUAAACAAAAAAAACUGGAAGAUCCAUAGUUCCACCAUACUUGCGAAUCGACACCCUUCACGAAAUUCUCAUGGAACCUAAAUCCUGUGAUACUUUUGUGGUUUUACCACCGCUGACGAACCAUGGGGUCGUUUUCGGCAAAAACUCGGAUAGGCCUCAGAAUGAGGUGCAGGAGGUCGUGUACUUUCCUGCGAGUGAUACGUCUCCGAAUACCAUUCAGUGCACUUAUAUUGAGGUCGAAGCGGGUGGCCCAAAGAAGGCUGUCAUUCUGAGCAAACCGGGAUGGAUGUGGGGCGCCGAAAUGGGGGCUAACGAAUGCGGUGUCGCUAUUGGCAACGAGGCUGUUUGGACCAAGGAUAACGAAGGGAACCAUGAUACGAGCAUCAAAAGAUUGUUGGGCAUGGAUCUGGUGAGGCUCGGUUUGGAAAGGGGUUCCACCGCCUUGGAGGCUUUGGACGUUAUAACGGGAUUGCUGGAAAAGUACGGGCAAGGUGGACCUUGUCAACUGGACGGCGACCUUUCCUACCACAACUCGUUCUUGAUCGCCGACACCAGCGAAGCCUGGAUUCUGGAAACUAGCGGAAAACAUUGGGCCGCCGUUCAGAUUACAAGUGGUUACAGAAAUAUCUCGAACGGUUUAACGAUUACAACCAAGAUCGAUAAGCAUUCCGAUGGGCUGAUCGAGUACGCAAAAGAGAAAGGAUUAUGGAAUGGCGAUGUAAUUGGAGAAUUCAACUUCGCCGAAGCUUUCGGUUCUUCAGGUCAGGUGGGCGACUCGCGCCAGAAGUCCGGUGAGGAUCUUCUUAAGACUUUGAGCGCAAGUAAAGACUUCAAGGAAACUGAUAUGUUUACGAUCCUUCGUAAUACGGACACCGACAUCUGUCGCUCCUGCGACUCACCCUUUCCAACCCAGGGGAGCCAAGUAUCCACGCUCAGUGCAUUUAGACCGAGCGUUCAUUGGUUCACGGCGACCCCGGAUCCUAGCAAGUCUGUCUUCAAGCCAUUCGUGUUCACCCCAAACGCCGUCAUUUCCAAACACACCAAGUGUCCCGAAGAUGAGAAAUCUGGCGAGCAUACUUUGUACACCUUGCACAAGGAUUCCAUGAAGGACGAGGGUAACGAAAUGCAGAAACUCCUAUUCGCAAUGGAAGCGGACUGCGUGAAAGAGCUGGACGCCAUCGUCGAGAGCGUAGGCGAAGAUCUGAGCGAGCUGGAUGAGCUUCUCAAGGAUUGCGUCGAGACCGAAGUCAAAUUCUAUCGCUAAACUGGAUAACUUUCCAACUUGAAUGCCAUGCGCACCUAACAAACAACAGCAACAACAACAACAAAAAAAAUCAGAAAAAAAUACUUUUAUUCUUCUCCACGCGACUUUCGGUAUGAUUUUCUCUCAAUUGUGAUCAGAUUUCUUUUAACUCUACUCGAGUUUGAUUCCUCAUUGUGAUAUUUUCGUUUCUUAAUAUUUUUGUGAUUUCCUCUUUCCAUUCUCAAAUCAGUAUUCGAACAAUUCGUUAGUUAAGUUAUUUUGCAUGUGUGUAAUCAUAGUCAUAGGAUAUAGCUUUAUUAUCGGACGAUUAAUUAAACAAACCUUGAUGCAGCAUACUUUCGGUGCCCUCCGAAUGUAUCCGAUUACGGAGGUUUAUGAAACUUAAAAUUAC